UUGUUUAAGCAGUGAAACAGCAGACUAAUCUUUUGGAAAAGGCAAACACCAUCCAGUACAACCUAAGCUGAAAGAGAUACUCAGAACACUGGAAGCAACGGAGCAGUGGAUUUCAAAUAAACUGCCAGCUUUGCCCUGUCUGACAUGAGGCAGUGAUGUCUUCGUGGUUUUGAAAAGGAACAAGUACUGAAUGCUCUUCCAUCAUCUCAGGGAUGGUGACAAGUAAGGGUGACAAACAGCUGCCAAGUUCCAGUGGACUAAUGAGAAUGUCUCAACCUGCUACCUUAGCUUCUCUACAAGUCACUUUUCUUGUGCUAUUUCUCUGCUGGGAUGCACUUAUUUCGGCACUGCCCAUUGGUCCUGAUUACUUGCAACGUGGCUGGCAGAGGCUUCUAGAGGAAGGAGAGAGUUGUGUGGAAUGUAGAUUGGAAGAAUGCCCCACUCCUCGUGGUUGCCUGGCUGGAGUGGUCCUGGAUGCCUGUGACUGUUGUUGGGAAUGUGCAAAUCUAGAGGGACAGAUCUGUGACCUGGACCAUACCAACCACUUCUAUGGCAAAUGUGGGGAUCAUUUAGAAUGUCGUCUUGAUUCGGAAGACCUGCAACAUGGUGAGGUGCCUGAGCCCCAGUGCACUUGUUUAUCUAACCAAGCUCUUUGUGGCUCUGAUGGCAAAACAUAUGUUCAGAUCUGCAAAUUCCAAGAGGUGUUUAAUUCCAACCCUGAGGUUAAUCUCACUGUAGCUCAUGAAGGACCUUGUGAAUCAGAGCCCCAUAUUGUAUCUCCUCCUUAUGAUAUCUGGAACAUCACUGGGCAAGAUGUGAUCUUUGGCUGUGAGGUCUUUGCAUUUCCCAUGGCAUCUAUUGAAUGGAGGAAAGAGGGUCUGGAUAUGCUGCUUCCUGGAGAUGACCCCCACAUUUCAGUUCAGUUUAGAGGAGGUCCUCAGAAGUAUGAGGUAACCAGCUGGCUUCAGAUCCAAGCUGUGAGGUUGACUGAUGAAGGAACGUAUCAUUGCUAUGCAAGAAACAGUGUUGGGCAAGUGGCAGCUCCUGCCAGCCUUAUGAUCCUCACUCCUGAUCAACUGAAUUUAACCUCAAUGGCUCUGCCCAAGGGGCCCAACCUGGGAUCAAAUGAUGACUGGGCGAGUGAUGAAUUGUAUGAUUAUUACUGAGAAGGACAUAUAUAGGACAGCAUUCAUAAUGCAGGGUCAUUUGUAUUCUUUCCCAUUCGAACAUUUAUUUCAUCAUCAACUGGUGCCCCAGUUCCCUAGAAUAAUAAUUAAUAUGGAAACUCUAGGGUGAAUUUAAGGAACCCAAAGGAAUUUUUUCUAUGGAGUGCUUUAGUAUAAGUUAAUUCUGUCAAAAUCAAUAUACUUAAUUGUAUGACCAAUCCCUGGAUGACAAGCAAGUAGAAGAGAAGAAGUGAUUGUAUUUAACUGAUGCAAAUCAAAUGGACAUUAAAAAAGACUUUGAUUAGCUUCUGGGGGAAUAUAAUUUCAUUGAUUUAAUGCAUCAUACUCACAAUUAUUCCGUUUCUAAUUGCUCAGAGAUUAGACUACAUUGAUGCAUAUAGUUCAAGUAGCAGAGAUCUUGGGGGGGGAAAAGAAGCUUUUUUGUUUUAAUGGAAAGCCUAAGAGUCCAGCCUAAGAACUAAAAUAUCUAGCAAAAUUCAGUUUAACUGCCUGUUUGGUACAUUAAAGAAUUUAAAGGAGGAAAGAUAGAUCAGCAGGGAAGGAAACUGCUAAACAAGUUUGGGAACAGCUUUUAAAAUGGAAGCCAGAUUUCAAAGUGUGCCAAAACACAUACUGUAUAUAAACUGGAAGAGGCGUGCAGGAUAUUAUUUGGCGAGGCCUAUGUUGUCACAGCUUUGGGUUUCCUCGUUGCAGAAAGAAGAAUGAAUGUCAAUUAAAAAGUGCUGAUCAAAGAGACCACAACUGAAGCCCUCCAAAAAUAGUAAUACUGGUCAGUGUCUCUAUUGUGAAUUUAAUUAUUCUUCAGCUUUGCUGCUAACUGGAAUUCAUAGUAUAUGCCACCUUUGUUUUUCAAGUUUUUCUUUUCUUUCAAAGCCUGAAAGUCUACAUUUACAUACCAUGUAUGAAAAACAAACAAACCCUGUCUCAAGGCAGUUUCUUUCAGAUCUGAAAUCUGGAAAGAUAUUCAGAAAAACCUAAAUUAAGUGAGCAUGAAUGGCUCGAUUUCAAUUAGGACCUAAAUAUAUCUGAUCAUGAUGACCCACACAAAGCUAUAAAUCGUGAAGCAGUGAAUGUAGCAUUUGAGUAUUGGAAUUUAAGCUAUGAGUUGCAUUGAUCUGUUCAGCUAUAAAAAUAAGUAGGUGCAGUUGAGCUAGUUAUUCUGUCUAACCUACCUUAUUUUUUGUGUUGCUGGCACAACACAAAACAGGCAGGGCGUGUGAACAACCAAUUCCCUUGCCUUAAGAUUAUGUAUUACUUCUAGAAUGGCUAAAAUACAUAAAAAUAAUAACUAAUGAAUGCUCAACAAAACAGCACAUUUGGAUGUUCAGCUUGGUCUCGAUCUAUCCUACUCAAAAAAUCCUGUUCCCUCAAUUCUGGAUGCUUCUUCCCCCAUGUUAUUUUCUCUAUGUAUGAACUUACCUAAUUCACAAAAGACAGUUUACAAACAAUAAAUAAUAGCUACAAAAAUACUCCAGUUAAUAAACUAAAAGCAUCCUAUCAUGAUUCUGAUCCAAAUACUCUGCAAAAAGAUUUUAAAUGCCUUCUUAUGGGUUGCAAACUUAGGAGCUUCAAAGACAUUAGAAGUCAAGGUAUUCCAAAGUAUGGGGCAGCCACUAAAAAGAUAUUGACACAAACAUGAAUAUGCACACACCAGUAUCUUCAUAUCAUAUGGGAAAGAGACCCUUAGCAUCUCCUCCUGAAAGCAUGCAUGGGACAGGUCAUGAUCUUUGGGGGAAGAUAAUCCUCUAAGUAGGACUGAGCUAGAUUUUAAAUUUUGGGUUUUAAAUUGGGUUUUAUUUCUAUUUUUAAUUGGACGGGCUUUAGAAUAAGUUUUUUAAAUGUUUUAUAUUGUAUUUAUAUUGUAUUUAUCUGUUUUUAGUGCCUGUAAACCGCCCUGAGUCCCUUGGGAGAUAGGGCGGUAUAUAAAUAUGAUUAAUAAAUAAAUAAAUAAAUAAAUAAAUAAGUACUCAGUGGCCAAGCUGGUAACCAAUGCAGUACUAGUAGAAUUGGUGUAUCCCUGCUAAAUCCCUUAAUCCUUUUUAGCAGAUGUAGUAGCAUUACAUUCUGGACCAAUUGUAGCUUUUGAAUUUUCUGCAGAGUGGUUUCAUAUAGAGUGCAUUGCAGUGGCCUAACUCCGCAGUGAUGAUGGCCCCUCAGUCUAGAAAGGAUUGCAAUUGUUAUACCAGCUGAAAUUGGGCAAAAGCAUUCUUGGCCAUAGCAACUAUCCGUUCCUCUAGCAAGAGCCUUGAAUUCCAGAACACCCACCUCUAUAUCUAGGAACCUGCUUCUUCAAGAGAAGUGCAAUCCUAUUGACAGCCAAUGGUAAAACAAGAAUUGAGCUAUGUAGUUCAAGUACUGAAAACAGCAACUCUGUCUUGCUAGGAUUUAUUUUGAAUUUUGGCUCAUUCAUAUUAUCAUAGCCUUCAGGCAUCAGGCCAGGAUUUUGAUUGCAACUACAACCUAGCCUGGACAUGCAAUUACUGGUCAGUGUCAUUAGCACAAAGAUUAUAUUUCACAUAAAUGGAUGUAAAAACCUCAUUGAUUAAUAUAGAUGCUAAGUAAUACCCGAAAACAAAAUCCAGACACCUCACAUUGGAGCAAGUACAGGUAUGAUCAUUGUCCCCUUAUGCACAGAAAUGGAGAUUGCCCACUAAGGAAGGAACAGAAAUGCUGUGAAACAGUGCCUCCAAUCCCCAAUCUGGCAAGCUGUGAUAAACAAUCCUCAAACUGGUGAGCAUGGAUCCUCUCUACAGGCACUAGGAUAUACUAUAUGCCACAGAGAACCCAGAUUACAUCCUUCCUCUCCCUCAACUCAAAAUAAUCCCCAGAUAGUCUUGCAAAUUGUCAUCUGAGUCAUCUCAUUAAAGAGAUGAUAUCCAAAUCCAAGAAACUGUAAACAAUUUUAUCUAUAAAAAAGCUCAUAAAUCUGUCAGUGUCCUAUUAGAGGAUGUUCCCCUGCCUUCUUUUCCAGAAGAAAGUUGGGCACCUGUUGAUAGAUACGAAUAUGCAGACAUAAUAAAUAUGGAAAAAUAAGUAUUCUUUGCCAUUCUUAUUAUCAUAGUAUAUCCUCCCAUCUUCAUACCUGUAGAACAGCAGGGUUUGAUCAUCUAUUUCUCCUUUUUAAUUUUCUUAGGUACAAUAUAUGGUUUUUUAAACUAUUUUCUCGAUGUGAUUCAACUCUUAGCCUCCACCUCAGCACCAGUGAUCCUGCACUUGCCCAAAAUCAGGAGUGAGAAACUUAUAAAUCUUUUGUUAUACUGUGGGUGAGAAAACAUGUUCAUUAGUCUCUGUUAUGUAUGAAAAUGGCUGUUGUAUAAAAGAAUUGGUCGGUGUGCACUAUGUUUAGAAUAAGUGUUUGGAUGCAUUUAUGUGUUCUAUGUGUAUGUAAAGGAUAAUGGGUUGGCCUGCCAACUUUGUUUUUGAUUCCAUUUAUGUUUUUUUAUGGUCCCUGGACUCUGCUUGGCUCCUGACGUAAGAUCCAUCCAUCCUGAGCAAUUCUGACCAUUUUAAAGUGAAAGCACCACUUCUGUCUUGUGUAAAUUCAGUAACGGUUAUUUGUGAAUCAUGAUUUAUGGUUUAGAAUAUAAUACAAACCCAGUCAGUUGUGGACUUUUCAAUAAAUUUGAAAAUGAGUAGACAUCAUGAGUAGACAGUGAAGUAUAAUAGCUGUACAACAAUGCAAUAACAUUGCACUUUGUAUUCCAUAGGGAACUGGAUAAGAGUACUCAUGUUUAAAAAUAUAGUCACCAGAAAAGAAUAUGAGGUAUUUGUCUAAGACCUUCUGAGGUCAGAACAUUGUACCUUCUUUUUUAUCCUGGAAGCUAUCUUCUCAUUCUUCAUGCAAGAAGACUUAAUAAAGAAUUUCAUUCAUGCUGAUGAUCAUGAUUAAACAUGAUGAAAUAGGUACAGAAUAGGUGAUACUUGGCUCAUUAGCAGUAACUGCAAAAGGGAUCUAGAAGUCCUACUGGACAACGGCUUAAAUAUAAGCCACCAGUGUGCUACAGCUGCCAAAAAAGCCAAUGCAAUCCUAGGCUGCAUUAACAGAGGGACUGAAUCAAAAUCAUGUAAAGUGCUAAUAUCACUUUAUUAUGCCUUCAUAAGACUGCACUGAGAAUAUUGCAUCUACUUUUGGUCACCAUGAUAUUAAAAAAAAAGAUGUUGAGGCUCUAGAAAGAGUGCUGAACAGCAACAAAAGUGAUUAAGGAGUCUGCUGCUUGAGCAGGGACUUUGACUAGAACAGGGGUCUUCAACCUUGGCAACUUUAAGCCUGGAGGACUUCAACUCCCAGAAUUCCCCAGCCAGCUGGGUGGGGGAUUCUGGGAGUUGAAGUCCUCCAGGCUUAAAGUUGCCAAGGUUGGAGACCCCUGGACUAGAAGACCUCCAAAUCCCUUCCAACGUUGUUAUUCUGUUAUUCUUUGGAAUAAUUUUCAAAGCAGGCACAAUAUGGCCAUCAGAAGUGAUUUACACUGUGUUAUUUAGGUAUCAGUCAAGAGGCUUAAAUAAUAUCAUGCCAGCUUUGUUGACAGUACCCAAAUCUAUUCUGUAUUGCCUCUGGAGCAGGGGUCUCCAACCUUGGCAACUUUAAGACUUGUAGACUUCAACUCCCAGAAUUCCUCAGCCAACAAAGCUGAAUUAAGUUGAAGUCCACAAGUCUUAAAGUUGCCAAGGUUGGAGACCCCUCUCUGGAGCUCAGUGAUGGGAUGCAGGCUCAAGAAUUAGCUCAAUACCCACAUUAUAAUUUUGGUCUAGGGCUUUUUUAAACUCAUAGCAUAACAGGAAGCCUGUGUUGCUUAUACACACUAGUUUCUCCAAGCUUUUUUGCAGAGUACACUAUAGUGACCAGAUGUCCCGCUUUUGGCGGGACAGUCCCGCUUUUUAAUAAUUUGUCCCGCGUCCCGCAGAAAUUCCAAAAAGUCCCGAUUUUUUUUUGUUUCACUCCCAUUCUGAAAAUGGGAGGUGGCAACGCAAGAGGAGGAGGCGGAGAAGGGGGAGUGGCAGAGAAGGGGGCAUGAGAGGGAGGAGAGACGCUGCUUGACUUCACCCGAGAGGAAGAGAAGAGCCAAGAGGAGAGCCGAGUCUGCCUGGAAGAGCCGAGAGGAGAGCCGAGCCUGCCUGGAAGAGCGGAGAAGCAGCAGCCGCUCCUCCUCCUUCAGGCAGGUGGCAAGACUCAGUGCGCAUGCACAGCCCCCCCUCCCCCCCAUCAAUAGUGUUCUGCUCUGCCAUCACUGAAAUCUGGUCACUUUAGAGUACACUCAUCUUUUAUCUCUAGUCCUAACCAUUGCAGAGCAUUAGCCAGCACUUCUCUGACUUAAACUUGCAUUUUUUUUCCUAAUUGUCCAGCUGAAUUGAAAAUAUUAGUGCUGUUACAAAAUAAACAAAUUGUAUUUUCUGAAACACUGAUAGACAAUCCUGGUUAAUCAAAAGAUGGCAUUUUAAAACUUUCCUAGUCUGCUUUUAACUUUCAAAGGUUUUCUUAGGUCUACCAAAAAGAAAAAAGAAAAGAAAAGAAAAAGAAAGCAUUCCAAAGGCUAAGUAUACUUCUUUGCUGAUUGUCAUAACUUAGAAAUCUUUAGAAAAAGCUAGAGUUUCUGGGUUCCCUCAACUGAACUUCAUCUUACUUAGUUAAGAAAAUCUGGUGGACAGUCUGUUGUUGAACCAGAAUCAGAAAACAAUAGAAGAACAGCAUUGUCUCUUGAUAGGAUCCAUAUGGAUUCCUUUGAUUCUUGGAAAUUGGUUGUUUUCAAGUCUGGGAGCAAUUAAUCAUGUUAUAAAUGGGUUUCUGACACAUAAACAGCAUUUAUGCCCAGUGAGCAGUGAGCAGACCAUAAAUGUGAAAGAUUUAAACUGUAAUCUGAUGGGGAUUACAGUUAUGCACAACAUUUUAUGUAUAUAUUGUAUAUCUGGCUAUUUGUAUGAGACAGAAGCUACAUAACAGUACAUUGAGGGGUGUGAAUGGAUGUGAUUUACUUCAGCCCUGCAAUUAUGAAUAUGCCUGUGUGAAGGGGUUUUCCCCACCGCCUUGAAAGAGGCGGUGGUGAGACCUCUCCUGAAGAAGCCUUCCCUGGACCCAGCUAUUUUGGGAAAUUACCGUUCAGUCUCCAACCUUCGCUUCACGGCGAAGGUUGUAGAGAGUGUGGUUGCGUGGCAGCUCCCCCGGCACCUGGAAGAAGCUGUUCUAUCUAGACCCGUUCCAGUCCGGCUUCCGACCCGGUUACAGCACGGAGACGGCUUUGGUCGCGUUGGUGGAUGACCUCUGGAGGGACAGGGACAGGGGUUGCUCCUCUGCCUUGGUCCUAUUAGAUCUCGAAGCGGCUUUUGAUACCAUCGACCAUGGUAUCCUGCUGCGCCGGUUGGAGGGAUUGGGAGUGGGAGGCACCGUUUAUUGGUGGUUCUCCUCCUAUCUCUCUGACCGGUCGCAGACGGUGUUGACAGGGGGGCAGAGGUCGUCCGCGAGGCGCCUCACUUGUGGGGUGCCUCAGGGGUCGAUUCUCUCGCCUACCCUGUUCAACAUCUAUAUGAAGCCGUUGGGUGAGGUCAUCAGUGGUUUCGGGGUGAGUUUCGGGGUGAGUUAUCAUCUAUACGCUGAUGAUACUCAGCUGUAUUUUUCCACCCCGGACCACCCCAACGAAGCGGUCGAAGUGCUGUCCCGGUGCCUGGAAGCUGUACGGCCAUCACUGAUGACCAUCAGUGAGUUUCGGGGUGAGUUAUCAUCAGUGGUUUCAGGGUGAGUUUCGGGGUGAGUUAUCAUCUAUACGCUGAUGAUACUCAGCUGUAUUUUUCCACCCCGGACCACCCCAACGAAGCGGUUGAAGUGCUGUCCCGGUGCCUGGAAGCUGUACGGGUCUGGAUGGGGAGAAACAGACUCAAGCUCAAUCCCUCCAAGACGGAGUGGCUGUGGAUGCCGGCACCCCGGUACAGUCAGCUGCAUCCGCAGCUGACUGUUGGGGGCAAGUUAGUGGCCCCAAAGGAGGUGGUUCGCAACUUGGGCGUCCUCCUGGAUGGUAGGCUGUCCUUUGAUGAACAUCUGGCGGCCGUCUCCAGGAGGGCCUUUUACCAAGUUCGCUUGGUGCGCCAGUUGCGUCCCUUCCUUGACCGGGAUGCCUUAUGCACAGUCACUCAUGCUCUGGUUACGUCUCGGUUGGAUUACUGCAAUGCUCUCUACAUGGGGCUGCCCUUGAGGUGCACCCGGAGGCUGCAGUUAGUCCAGAAUGCGGCUGCGCGAGUAGUAAUGGGAGCCACUCGUGGCUCCCACGUAACACCACUGCUCCGUAGUCUGCACUGGCUUCCUGUGGUCUUUCGGGUGCGCUUCAAGAUUUUGGUUACCACCUUUAAAGCGCUCCAUGGCUUAGGACCCGGGUACUUACGAGACCGCCUGCUGUUACUCUAUGCCUCCCACCGACCCGUACGCUCUCAUAGGGAGGGUCUCCUCAGGGUGCCGUCCGCCAAACAGUGUCGGCUGGCGGCCCCCAGGAGUAGGGCCUUCUCUGUGGGAGCAUCAACGCUCUGGAAUGAACUUCCCCCUGGCCUACGUCAAGUGCCUGAUCUUCGGACCUUCCAUCGUGAGCUAAAAACAUACUUAUUUAUUCAAGCGGGACUGGCAUAAUAGUUUGAUUUUAAGUUGGGGUUUUAUUAAUAUUUUUUUUUAAAAAAAUUUAAAUUUAAAUUUUGAUUAUCAGCCUUUUUUUGUAAUUUGCUAUUUUUUAAUUUGGUUUUAAUUGUACAUAUUCUGUGUUUUAUCUCUGGCUGUACACCGCCCUGAGUCCUUCGGGAGAAGGGCGGUAUAAAAAUUUGAUAAAUAAAAUAAAUAAAUAAAUAAAAUAAAUAAAUAUAUA